UGGGAGAUGGUGACAGGAGAGGAGGCCUAUGGAUCUUGCUCGCCAGUACAGGCAGCGGUUGGGAUUGCAGCUUGCGGGUUAAGACCGGAGAUCCCAAAGGAAUGCCCUCAAGUCCUCAGAUAUCUUAUGACCAAAUGCUGGAACACUUGUCCCUCCACACGCCCUAGCUUUUCUCAUAUCCACUGCGUCUUGCUCCGUGCCAUCUCACGAAAUAACAAGUCAAAAGACAAAAGAAAGUGAAGAAGGUGGGGGAUAUAAAAAGGAGCAGCCAUUGAUUUGUCUUCGCCUCUGGAAGAAGACUUGAACAACUCCAACAACGACAGAGUAUGCGUUCCGAUCAACGGUGGAGUUUGCUCUCCAUCAUCUUCCUCCUCUUCUUUCUUCCUCACAAUCUCACGUUUGGGCUCUGUUUCAGCACCGAAGCGUUGGCUCUGAUGAAAUUCAAAGGGAGAAUAGAGAGAGACCCAUUUGGAGCUCUGAUGAAUUGGGGAGAGCUUCCUCAUUGUUCUUGGUCUGGUGUUGUCUGUUCACAUGAUGGAAGAGUCGUCGUCUUAAAUCUAGAAGAUCUCUCCCUUCAAGGAACACUUGCACCUGAACUCGGAAACCUAACUCACUUGAAAUCUCUUAUUCUGAGAAACAACUCAUUUUCCGGAGAAGUACCUAAAGAGGUAGCUGACUUGCAGGAGCUUGAGGUUUUGGAUUUGUGUGACAACAACUUUGGCCAACCAUUUCCCUUCACGUCCAAUGGUCGUAAGCUGCUUCAGCUAGCCCCUCCUGGUCAGGAUCCAGGAUUGGGAAAUGCUUCUCCUCCUCCUCCGUUAGCUUCUCCUCCUCCUCCAUUAUCUUCUCCUGAAUCCUCCUUCGAUUUACGUUUCCCUCCUCCUCCUCCGUUGAGUAGAGGUGAAAGCCCUCCUACUGGUUCUCCAGCAAUUCUCCCUCCUCAAGCUCAGCCUCCACCAGUUCCCCCUCCUCAAGCUCAGCCUCCACCAUUUCCCCCUCCACCAGCUCAGCCUCCACCGGUUUCCCCUCUAGCUCUGCCGCCAGCUCAUCUUCCUGCUAUCAGGAAAAAGAAAUCUCACAAGCUUUUUAUAAUAGUCGGAGUGCUAGCAGGUGUAUUAGGCGUCACUGGCGCAUUUGUGGCCUCCUUUCUUCUCCGGAAGCAAAAGGUAAUAAUGAUAAAGACAUCAGCAACUAGGAGCAUUGGCAACCUUCAAGAUGUUGGUAUUACAGGUGUUCCUAAGCUGAAGCUAUCAGAACUAGAAACUGCCUGCGAAGAUUUCAGCAACAUCAUAAGCUCCACAUCCUCAAACGCCACCAUUUACAAAGGAACUCUCUCCACCGGCUCUGAAAUUGCCGUUUUAUCUAUCGCAUCUGGAUCCCUCCAGGACUGGUCAGCAGAUCUCGAAACGCAGUUUCAACAGAAGAUACAGAGGUUAUCACUAGUGGACCACAAGAACUUUCUGAAUGUAAUUGGAUAUUGCCGUGAAGACGAGCCUUUCAACAGGAUGCUGGUUUUCGAGUACGCUCCGUACGGAUCCCUCUUCGAGCAUUUGCACGAGCAAGACGCAGAGCACUUGGACUGGUCAAUGAGACUGAGAAUAGCAAUGGGAAUAGCUUACUGUGCACAACACAUGCACAAUCUAAACCCUAAACCCAUCUCCCAAGCAAACCUCAACUCCUCUUCAGUCUACUUGACAACAGACUACGCAGCCAAAGUCGCUGACUUUACUUUCCUCAGCUCCACACCAAUUGACCCCAAGACCAACUAUGUCCUCAGCUUUGGCGUCAUUCUGCACGAGAUCAUCACCGGAAAGAUCCCUGACCCGGAUUCUCCCAUCAAGGAAACCAGACCGGCGAGAGAGCUUGUGGAUCCGACACUGAAAAGCUUCGACGAGAAUGUCCUGCAGAAACUGUGGGAGAUGGUUAUCGAGUGUUUGAAUCAGAGGCUGGAAAUGAAGGAAGUGGUGGCUAAGCUGAGAGAGAUCACUGGAAUCACGGAGGAAGCAGCGUUGCCAAGGCUAUCUCCGGCGUGGUGGGCGGAGCUGGAGAUUAUAUCCAGUGAAGUGUAGCUUUUAGUAUGUAUGUAUGUAUGUACACAUUAACUGCAAUAUGCACAGUGAAGCAAUGAAUGCUUCUUCUCUUUACCCUGUAUCAACAUUUUUUUUUCAUCUUUCAUGUUUGGGUAUCAAGUAUCAAU